GUUUAAAAUCUGCGAUAACGGACUUCACAUCCAGUUUACUGCCCAAACGGUGAAGGAUUCUGAUUCAGGUUUACAGCAAGAUGCCUGCACCCACAGCUUUACGGCAGCCUGCCGAGGUUGCAAUGAUAGAAACACCUGUUGCACCUCCUAUGCUAGGGCAAGAUGCAGAAAUUCUUAUUGAUGCUCAAACAUCAGCGGAGCAGGUCUCGUCGGGACUUGCACCUUCAUUUGAGCCUACCCAGGAUGGCGACAUGCGCAUUGACGAGGAGGGUCGACCCAUUUUUACACCAGCAAAGGACACCAACCGGGUAUAUCGAGUUGAAAGUAGGAAGGUUCCUGUUCCACCACAUCGAAUGACCCCGUUGAAGGCUAGUUGGGCACGCAUUUAUCCUCCUCUUGUUGAGCACCUCAAACUCCAAGUUAGGAUGAACAUCAAGAAUCGAGCUGUGGAAUUACGUACGUCACGAUUCACAACUGAUACGGAAGCCCUACAGAAGGGUGAAGAUUUCGUCAAGGCUUUUACCCUCGGAUUUGAUGUCGACGAUGCCAUCGCACUUCUGAGAUUGGAUGACCUCUACAUCCGUUCCUUUGAGAUUCGGGAUAUCAAAGCACUCACAGGAGAGCAUCUCAGCCGUGCUAUCGGUCGUUGCGCAGGUAAAGAUGGGCGAACGAAGUUCGCGAUAGAGAACGCCACGCGGACAAGAAUUGUUAUCGCAGACCAAAAAAUCCAUCUGCUUGGCGCCGUAAAGAAUGUUGAUUGUGCCCAACAGGCCAUUGUGAGCUUAAUUAUGGGCAGCCCACCGGGCAAGGUGUAUGGCAACCUUCGUAAAGUGGCUUCACGCAUGAAGGAGCGUUUUUGAUCGUCAGUUUUAUGGAGAGCAUGAUUUGCGGUUUUCCCUCUCUGCCUUUGCAUCUUUCUCCGUCCCAUUAUCCUUAUUUUAUGACACGGUAUCGGCGUUAAGGACUAAGGUGGCAUAUGAUUUGAAUAGAAUAUAAUUGAUAUGACGACACAGAAUUGAGGAAAGCAACACUCCACUGGAGAUUGUAUCUAUUUAUGUUCGGGAAAUGAUCUCAAGUGGAGUAUGGCAUUAAACAAGACUGUCGAGACAUUGACGAGCCUCGGCUCUGAUAUGCCUAGUCUUUCUUCAAGGGAUAAUAAAUCUCCUCUACUCCACUCCUG